GUAUAUAAACGCGAAUCCGGCCUCUUCCUUGUAGCGCCGCCGGGAGUGUCGACGAGGAGAGCUGUGCUGCCGCGUCCGUGCUACUCGAGCUGUGGGCACUGCGAGCGAGAGCCGAGUACGCGGACCGGCCAUCAUGUCACGCUACGGGCGGUAUGGAGGAGAAACCAAGGUGUAUGUUGGUAACCUGGGAACUGGUGCUGGUAAAGGCGAGUUAGAAAGGGCAUUCAGUUACUAUGGGCCCUUAAGAACAGUGUGGAUUGCCAGAAAUCCUCCAGGAUUUGCCUUUGUGGAAUUUGAAGAUCCUAGAGAUGCAGAAGAUGCAGUUCGAGGAUUGGAUGGGAGUGGUGAAAAGGGACAUUAUGCUUAUGAUUGUCAUCGCUAUAGCCGUCGAAGAAGAAGCAGGUCACGGUCUAGAUCACAUUCCCGUUCCAGGGGAAGGCGAUACUCUCGCUCACGCAGCAGGAGUCGGGGAAGGAGGUCAAGAUCAGCAUCUCCUCGAAGAUCAAGGUCUGUGUCUCUUCGUAGAUCAAGAUCAGCUUCACUCAGAAGAUCUAGGUCUGGUUCUAUAAAAGGAUCGAGGUAUUUCCAAUCCCGUUCAAGGUCGAGAUCAAGAUCCAGGUCUAUUUCACGGCCAAGAAGCAGCCGAUCAAAAUCCAGAUCUCCGUCACCUAAAAGAAGUCGUUCCCCAUCAGGAAGUCCACGAAGAAGUGCAAGUCCUGAAAGAAUGGACUGAAGUUCUCAAGUUCACCCUUUAGGGAAAAGUUAUUUUGUUUACAUUAUUAUAAGGGAUUUGUUAUGUCUGUAAAAUGUAACCUAGGAAGGAUCAUCAACCAUCUAAUCAAAAUGGAUCUGGGUUAAUGCUCUGUAAAAUUCAUAGCAGUUAAGUAAUUGUUUUUGUUGAAUGUAUUAACAUCUUUUGGUCUGAAGAUGUGGGUUUUUAUUUGGCACAUUUAAAUAAAAUGUUUCUAACUAGAUUUUUGAUUCGUGUUCAAUAUUAAUACUUUUCAAUUUGGUAACAUCAGGUGUCAAGACAAUUGUUAAUUGGACUAUAUCGGCCUGUGAGGUUAAAUGGUGUUAGAAUAUUAAGAACAUCAUUAACUGUUCUAUACAUAACACUAUUCAGGAUUUUAAAGGACUUGGAAAAUUCCAUUUUACCCUUGUACCUAUGGGUUAAAUGAUCUGUCCUGUUAAUAGCAUGAAUGCAUCAUGGCAGAUCCCUAAGAAUUGGUGUUAACUAGAAGUCAAGCUAACAGUCUCAAAUUUUCAAGCUAGAGGGACCACUGAUUUAGCCUAUAAAUGGGUGCAUGACAGGAACUUAGUGUAAAUGUCAUAUUAAGAAGUAGGAAGAAAAUGAUUUCUAGAGGCUGAGAUUUUAGUAGCUUGUGGUUUUUUUUCAGACUAUUAAGUUGAGAUGAUUUCUGUUCAAUGUACUUUUUCUUUCAAACAGCCAAUUUAAUACAAAAAAAUUGCAUGUUUAAAGAAUUGUCUGAAUUUGGAACAAAACCCUGUAAACCAGCUUUGCAAAAUUAUUCAGCCUCAAUACUCUUCCUUUGAAUGGAUUGCCUUAUCCUGUGCAAAACCCUGUUAAUAUCUGAGCUAGAUUUUUGCAGUCUGACAACAUUGUUCUAUUUUGCCAAGCUGGUAUAAAGAGAUGUUAAGAAAAAAUGUUAAUGAGACAGCAGUUUUGUAAACCUUAAAUAUUUAGCAGCAUUUCAUGUUUUUUUUUUUUUGUUGUUUUUUAAUAGUAUCUGGUAGACCUUAGAAUGGUAUAGCCAGUAGAUUCUUAUUCAAACUUUAAGUAUACUAAACACAAGGGCAGUAACAGUCAUUUUUGAGUGUUUUUUGGACAAACUUUUUACUAUAUUUCUUAGCCUUGAGUGUAAAAAAAGUAGCACAGGAGUCUGUCCUUGUCCAUUUUAGGCUUUUUCAACAAAGUUGUCUGGUAUCGCAACUUUAAUACCGUAUUGGUCUGCCUCAAAUUUAUUUGGCUGAGUGGAAGUCAUUUGGAGUCUUUGUUUUUCAAAUUUGACUGGUUGAAUACAUGGUAUGAAGCUAUGUGAGUAUCGGGCAGACUUAUCUGUUGCACUUGGUUAGCUUUAAUUCUGUAUUUGAAAAUUUAAGUUUGUUCAACAAUAAAUAUGCAGAGAUUGAACAAAUAA